AUGGCUUCAGACGAUGGAAUUGGUCCCCGCAAGAAGCGCAAGACCAGCUCACCAGGGACUGUGCCUUAUGUGCUGCAUUCCCUUUUCGCAGAUGUGCCGAUAGCGACCGAACACAGCUCCGAUGUGUACAUUACCUCCGUCGAGUACUGGAAUGAGAAUUUAUACAUUGGAACAUCUGCAGCCGAGAUCUUGCACUUUGUAUGCCUUCCGCCAGCUUCCCCGGACGAAUCCGCCGAGCCUACUUUCAUACUAGCGUCCCGAUUACCCAUCCCCUUCUCCCAGAGGCCUCCCGCAGGCAGUGACCAAGGCGUUCGACAUAUCGUUAUUCUAUCCUCGGUAAACAAGGCGUGUGUACUCUGCAAUGGCACUGUUACGUUUUACAUGCUACCAGAGCUCAGCCCGGCCUUUGGGAACACGAAAGUCAAUCACUGCCGCUGGAUCGGUGGUCUGGAUCUUAACAGAGAUGCGGAGGAAGAUGGUGACCCAACCAUAAUGAUCGCUGUUCAGAACAGGAUCAUGUUGGUUCAGAUCGGAGAUGAGGCGCGGCGGAUCAAGAAGAUUGAGUUCCCUGGUUGCUUGACGGCAGCGCGGCGAGGAACGAUCGCAUGUGCUGCGGACACGCAUUCAUACUCACUGCUUGAGGUGGCCCACCAGCAGAAGAUCCCUCUGUUUCCCAUAUCUUCUUCGAGUGAGGUCUUUGAGUCGGGGCAUGUGGAGGACAUGAACCCAGCCCCGCCAACUCCGCUCAAACGCUCACCCUCUGAAUCUUACCCUCACUCGCCCCCAACCGAUACUCCGGGGCAUGGGAGAAGCACAAGCUUGAAUCAAUUCGUGGGCAUGCUAUCACCGCAGGCACAGGCGGCCCAGUUGGAUAGAUCGCCUUCCGGGACACCGGAUCCCUUCACUGCCACCGGAGAGCCCAGAAGAUCAAGCUCGGAAGAGCGUGAUGGGAAUGAGUCCCCAGAUUCUCCCGAGAAUAAAGACCCUGACAACCAAUCCCCUACCAACGAUAAUAUAAAACCACUGCCACCCCUACCACCAUCGACAAAGCAAGGCUCGAAACGUCUUCAGCCCCAUGUGGUGUCUCCGACUCCCUCAGAGUUCCUGUUGGUAACCGGAACCGAGGAGACAGAACCUGGUGUUGGAAUGUUUGUUGACAUGGAUGGUGAGGUUGUUCGUGGUACCAUCAACUUUCACCGAUUCCCGAAGUCGGUGGUGAUUGAUACAAACCAAGAUGAUCAGAUCUUCCAAUCAAGUGAGGAGGACAAGGAAGAGUUUGUCCUUGCCAUCAUCGAAGACGAAGAAGAUGGAAAGACUCGAACGCGUCUUGAGAUACAGCGUUGGUACGAUGAUCCAGGAGAGAUUGAGCGGAACAGGAAAUGGUUAGAAAUUCCUUCUCCCGGAGAAGCAGAAUCUGCUCAAGUCGGCCUCCGGCAUACACUCAGCGCUAGCAGCUUCGAGCUCAAUGCCAUCGGGCAGCUGCUGCGGAUGAUCCGCCUCAAGUCCCCUUCACUGCCUCCGCAUGUUGCAGUUGCAGACUCGAGAACCCAUGCGUCCAUCGAACAUCUCCAAAAAGAGAAAGAACUGUUUGAAUCACCAGACGUGACUGACUCAGAGGGUUCCAAGGGCGAUGGUCAAACACAAGAGGCCCAGCGUGAUGCGGAAGAAGCCAAAUUCGCGCAUGGACUGGGUCAAAUCCAGAGUGGUCUCGUCAUGUGGUCUGGAUCUCAAAUCUGGCGUGUACUCCACAAUCCCCUGAUCAUUCAACUUGAAGACACCCUGCAGAAGGCCCAGGAAACCGCCGAUGACAGCGAGCACACGGUGUUACAAAGGGAUGCUGUUACGAAUCUGCUUCUCUCAAUUCAGGACACUGAGCCGAAGACGGAGUCCGAGUUUAUCGGGCUAAGUUAUGUCAAACAGAAAGCAAGUCUCAUGCUAUUUGGAGACAUUCUCUCCAUGCAACCAGAGGAGCGCAGCAGUGCAGCAAUCGACGAGACAGAGAAAGCGCUCGUGGCAGGCAACCUCGAUCCCCGCUUAGCAUUGCUUUUUAUUCCCCUUUUGAGAUGUGAGGUCCUGCAAGGACCGCAGGGUGUGUGGAUCCAUGCCGGGCUGAGCACUAUCACAGAGCAGUAUCUCCAGCAAGUCAGUAAGAUAGGUGUUGAAACCUCUGGGUUUGAUGCAUCCCGCAACCCUAUUCUCAACAUGGUGAAACGCUUCCUUCUCUCUUGGCAACAAAAACGAGGAUACGGUAGUAUCACCGAUGAGACCUUCGUUCUGGACAGCACAGAUGCCGCCCUCCUGCACCUGACUUUGGAACAAGAUGCCUAUCUCACGCCGGACCAGCGUGCAGCAUCACCAACUCGCUCUGAACUCAACAAAUUGGUUGAUAACUGGAAGGGUAACUUCGACCGAGCAGUGAUGCUCCUGGAAACAUACAAACGGUUAUAUGUCUUGUCCCGCUUGUACCAAAGCCAGAAGAUGUCGCGAAAUGUUCUCAAAACUUGGCGAAGAAUCGUGGAUGGAGAGACUGAUGCUGGAGGGGAGGUUUCUGCGAAUGGUGUGGAGACGCAGAUGCGCAGAUACUUGGUCAAGAUCAAGGAUGUGCAAUUGGUUGAGGAAUACGGCUCUUGGCUCGCUGGACGAAACCCAGAGCUGGGUAUCCAGGUGUUUGCGGACAAUGCAAGCCGAGUGAGACUUGAACCGGCGGAUGUCGUUACUUUGCUCAAGGAGCGAGCUCCGAACGCCGUUCAGGUCUACUUGGAGCAUCUCGUCUUUGCCAAGAAUUAUACCCAAUAUGCCGAUGACCUGAUAUCCUACUAUCUGGACACAGUCCUCUCUGUACUAGAAUCGUCACCCGAAGCACGCGCUUCCCUUGCCGACUCUUACUCAACUUAUCGAGCUCUUCGAGCACCCAAGCCAACUUAUUUCAACUUCAUCACCGAGAACCGCCCCGCAGAAUCCUGGUGGCAGUCCCGACUUCGUCUCCUCCAAUUAUUAGGCGGAGUUUCCAGCUCCCAAUUCUCCUCCCAGCCUCUCCCAACUGGAAUCAGCUACUCCAUUCCCAAUGUCCUCACCCGCAUCGAGCCUUUCCAAAACGAACUCGUCUCCGAAUGCAUCAUCUUAGACGGUCUUCAAGGCCACCACGGCCCAGCCCUCCGCCUCUUGACACAUGGUCUUGGGGACUAUGACUCUGCAAUCCGCUACUGUGUCUUUGGCGGCCCACGCAGUUCUUCAACCGGCACACCCGAACUUGCAGACUACGAUCUUCAGUGCACUCUUUUCCACCACCUUCUUGACGAGUUCCUGCACAUCGAAGACUUGUCUGAUCGCAUCGAGCGCACGAGUGAUCUCCUCGCGCGUUUCGCAGCCUGGUUCGACGUCCGAGAAGUCCUCGACCUCGUACCAGAGGAUUGGAGUGUCGAUAUCCUCGGUGGAUUCUUCGUGCACGUCUUCCGUACGCUGGUUUCACAGAGCCGCGAGAGUCGCAUUGAACGUGCGCUCAGCGCGGGCUUGAAUCUACGUAUUGGCGCUGAAUUCAUCGACGGCAUGGAAAAGGCAGGGCCUUGGAUUGAGCAAGCCGAAGGCGUACGCAGACUGAAAGAUUCACCGCCGCGAGACUCCAACGAGACGGACUCUGAGUUUGGAGAUACGGUGGGGCCAUCUGGGGAAGUGGGCCAGGUCGAUCAGUGA